AUGGGUAUCCAGCCCGUUACGGUGAUAUUUAGCAACGCCAAAAACUGCUUUCUUCACCUUCCCUCCAACUUAAUAACGCACCUGUCACUGCAGGAGAACCAGGCUUUGGAGUUGUCCUGGGGUCAUGGGUCGCUAGUGUUCCUCAGCUGGACACGAAGUAGAGCUGCAAACCAGGACAACCAUAAGGUGGAGCUGUGUCGCCAGCUGGCACAGAAACUAGGACUGAAAGAUGGCGAGCAGGGCUUUCUUAGGCCUUGUCAGCAGGUCUCGUCAGUACAUCAGGUGUUUGUGGAGCCUCUGUCAUCUGAUGACUGGGAGAUUUUGGAGCUUCACAGUGCAGGUCUGGAGCAGCAGCUGCUGGACCAAAUCAGAGUGGUGUUCCAGGACGCCGUGUUCCCUAUAUGGGUGGACCAGCACACUGUCAUCUACAUCCGAAUCGAAUCACUGUUGCCAUCUGCACCCUACGGUCGCCUGGAGCAGUUCACAGAGUUAGUUAUCACUCCCAAGAGCCGCAGUGGAACGGGCAACUUUGUGAGCUCUCCUCCCAGAGCUAGUCAGAACCAACCACUUUACAGCCAGCCAAACUACGACCUCUUUCCUCCCCCGGGUUCAUCAUCAUUACAUAAAAGCAUUCGUGAGACCAAUUUUAACCCCUCCACUGACUGCACCCCCUCGGUCCCUCAAAGCCGCCAGUGGGGGGGUAUUGGAGACCUGAGGAACCUGCUGCAUGACAUGCUAAAGGGUAGGUGUGACCCUGUGAAGGAGGGACCCUCUGUCCCCCCAAUCCCCACCCUCUUCAAUGACUCCACCUAUAGAGUGAGCCGUGUGCCUCCUGGGUCUCUCUGCUCUAUAAGUCAUGUUCCAAUUGGGGCAGUCCAUUUGUUUCCUUUGAGUCAGGAUGUUGAUGAUUGGUCGACUGGAGGCCAGCCUGCAGUGACAUACAGCCUGCUCUCCAAGGUCCCCUCCCCUAAAGAAAUCCGAGACAGGGCCAAACAGGCCAUGGAGAAAAAUAAGACUGCAGGUGUUUCUAAAGUUGCUGCUACCCCAGGGGACAAAGGACAGGAGGUAGAGAAGGUGGAGGAGGCCGUAGUGGUCAGGACGGUGUGUCACCAUGUAGACAAGCUACAAGGCAAGCACAGACAUUCCAGUAAGAGAGAAGUCCACUGUGGAGGUAUCUGGAUCCCACAAUACUUGAUGACACGGCUCAAUGUCAUCCCCCACUCGAUAGUGAGAAUGAAGCCAGUCAAAUCUACGGCCAAAGUAGCCUCCAGGAUUCACCUACAGCCCUUAAAACCGCUGCCUGAAGAGAGUGACGAGCAGAUCCAGACGGCUUUCCUAGGCUGGCUACACACACAGAGUCAUGAACCACUCGCCUGUCUGAGGGCACGCUCCAGCACAGUCCUCCUGCAUGAAAAUGAUGAGAAAUUAGAGUUUGCAUUGACUGUGUUGAAGCCUGAAUUGGCAAAUGAGCCCCCCGAUCAGUUGUUUCUGCUGGAACCAACUGUUAUUCAGAAGACAGACAUACAGGUGGACAGAGAGCCAGUAACCACAGCAACAGUGAAAGCCACAGCGGACACACCAGACAUAGAGUUACCCUCACUGAAUACUCUCGGUGGAGUGGAUGAGCUGAGUAAAACUGGCUUCGAGUUUACUUCCCACAACCUCUGGGGUAGUCCACUCUCACGAGAGCUGAUGUCCACUGGAUGUGGCCUCCGGGGUGGAGCUCUGCUCAUCACUGGAGCCAAGGGGAGUGGGAAGAGUACACUGUCCAGAGCUUUGUGCAGAAAGGCUAGUGAAGACCUGGAUGCACAUGUAGAGAUGGUGCACUGCAAAAAGUUGAAAGGAAAAAGAGCAGAAACUGUGAGACAGAUGCUCGAGGAGAUUUUUGAACAGGCUGUAUGGAGGCAGCCUUCGGUGGUCCUUCUGGAUGACCUGGAUCAUGUGACCGGGGCACCAACCUCUCCAGAACAUGAGCAUGGGCCUGAGGCGCUGCUGCGGCAGCACAUCGCUCAGAGUCUAAUGGAUGUGGUGGAUGAGCUGGUUGUUAACUCCAGCCUAGUGUGUCUGAUCGUUACCAGUCAGAGUGAACACUCUCUCCACCCCUCCCUGACUGAAGUGCAGGGAUCCCACUUCUUCCAGGGCUUUGUGCACAUCCAACCCCCUGACCAGGCCCAGAGAGCAGAGAUCCUGCGUUGUCUGAUCCUCAGGAAGACCAGCCUGUCAGAGGAGACACUACAUACUCUGGACCUGGGAGUUGUUGCAAAGAAGACAGAGGGUUACGUGGCCCGUGACCUGGCAGUGCUGCUGGAGCGAGCCAUUCACGCCAGUGCUGUACACACAGGAGGAAGCAGCCAAGGUGUGAGUCUGUGUUUGAGAGACUUCUUGCAGGCCCUGAAGGGCUUUACCCCUCCCUCAAUGUGGGGAGUUAGUCUCCACACCCCUAGCAAGGUGGGGUUGGAGGGGGUGGGUGGGUUGAGAGAGAUUCGACAGCAGCUGAUGGACACCGUACUACUUCCUGCUAAGUAUCCCUUACUGUUCUCCAGUCUUCCCAUUCGCCAUCGCUCUGGGAUUCUUCUUUAUGGUGCCCCAGGUACAGGGAAAACCCUGGUGGCCGGUGCCGUGGCCAAGGACAGCAGUAUGAACUUCAUCAGCAUUAAGGGGCCUGAACUUCUCAGCAAGUACAUCGGAGCAAGUGAGCAAGGUGUCCGAGAUGUCUUUCAGAGGGCCCAGGCUGCCAAGCCGUGCAUCCUGUUCUUUGACGAGUUUGAUUCUUUAGCCCCCAGGCGGGGCCACGACAGCACAGGAGUCACUGAUCGUGUGGUCAACCAGCUCCUCACCCAGCUGGAUGGAGUAGAGGGACUACAGGGUGUGUAUGUGUUAGCAGCCACUAGUCGGCCAGACCUGAUAGAUCCAGCCUUGCUGAGACCUGGUCGACUGGACAAAUCCCUGUAUUGCCCACCCCCUGAUCAGGAAGCUCGGGUGGAGAUCCUGCGAACUCUGAGUGCUGGCAUCCCCCUGGCUGCUGACGUGGACCUGGAGCAGCUGGCCACGGCCACAGAGCAGUUCACUGGUGCAGACCUGAAGGCUUUGCUUUACAACGCCCAGCUGGAGGCUAUCCAUGGCAGCACGAGGACCAGCACUCUGCAUGAGCUGAACUCCGGUUCAGACAGCGACGUCAGCCUGUCCUCCAUGAUCUUCCUGAAUCACAGUAGUGGUUCCGAUGACUUGACCGGGGAGGCAGAUCCUGCCCUGGGACUGGACCAGUCCAUGGUUCUGCUGGAGCCUAGUGAGCUCCAAGCAGAGGCUGAGCAACACUGUAGCAAUGUCUGGAGACUCUACUUUGGGAGCUCGUUUGAGUCGGAGUCGGGGAACCCGUCGCUCUUGGGACUGAAAUCCCAGUGUGUCUCUGGGCCCAACUCCAUGACCCAUGACCUUACAGGGGCAUCAUUGCAUGGACCUGGUGGCUCCCUCCCCCCAGCCUACAUGUCCUCCCUCCAGAAUGGCUACGAGGAGCUUGGCCAGGAGCAGAUGGAGCGCCUCCUACAGGACAUUAAUAGAAUCAAGAGCAACUACCGGAGAGCCAAUGAGGACUGUCUCCAGAACCAGUCAACGUCCAGCCGGCCGGGCCUGCUGCUGUGCCAGGCCCACUUGAAUUCAGCCCUGGCUGUCACCAAACCAUCCCUCAGCAAGGCUGACUGGGAGAGAUACACAAACCUGUACGAAGCCUUCGGUGGUUCAGGAGAGGCCAGAAAGCAGCCUUUCAAACCAGGUCAACGUGUGACGCUAGCUUGAUCCAACAUCUUCAAGAUUUUUUUCAUGUUUCAUUCACGGUUUAUCCAUCAUAUAGUUUUCAGUUGUACAAAUCUAAGAUUAAUUUAAGAAGAUAUAAGACAUUGUAAAUAAAAAGGAGUUUUGUAUGAAUAAUAUUUGGGGUAUCGUGCUGACAUGUUGAUGAAUGUAAGAAAUUAAACUGUACAUUGAAUAAUGAAUGUAAAUAUGCAUAGUCUCAGAAUAUGUACAAUAAAUUAAGAGUUUAUGUUUUCGGUAACCUGGCCUGUAUCACUUGUGGAGUUGAUUAUACUUCCUCUCAUGACGUUUGAUUAAAACUCACCAGAUGGAGAUGGAAUAAA